CCAGCGACACAUUGCUACAGUGUAGCCAGCGAUUCACUGCUACAGUGUAGCCAGGGCCCAGUGGAGCCAGCGACCAGUGAAGCCAGCGACACAUUGCUACAGGAAGCAGCAGUGACCGGGGACUUCGUGAGGGCGACAGAACGAAGCUGCUUUGCUUGGAGCCUGGUGUUGGAUCCUUCUCAUUGGAGUCUUCACCCUACGAUGAGCACAGCCCCAGCCCUGGCCAAAGCCAUGUCUUACAAGAUGGAGUCAGAAAAGAGGGUGGUGGCCACCACAUUGUCGAUGGCGGGGAGAGUGUAUAAAUGUUGUGCAAAUGCCUGCAAUGAAUCUUUCCCCUCCAUGCAUCAGCUGAUGAAUCAUAUGAAAACUCAUUAUAAACCAAACCGAUACUACAAGUGUCCAAGUUGUAAAUCUCGGUUUCAAAAGCACCAGUCCUACUCCAAGCACGUGAGCGUGUGCGGCAGGGAUGUGAAGAGACUGCCACCGGAGUUGGACCCGCCGGCCAGGCCACCAGCCGCUGCGGAGCCGGUGAAAUUUCAAAGCGUUAUCAGGCAGCUGGGAAGGGCCAGCAGUGCAGACGUGGCCGGCACUGUCCCCAGCUCCAAGCCUGUCGCCCUGUUCCACGACACCUUGCCGAGUCUACAUUCUUCACUCAGCUCGAUGCCGCUGCUCCCCGCAGCUCCGCACCCCUUCCCACUCCUGGAGCCAUCGAUGUUUCCCGCGCCCAGCCUAAGGUUUCACAGACAGGGGCACUCUUCCAUGCCCGGCCCCUUCAUCCCAUACAUGCACCCCGCACCUUACCCCCUCGCUCAAAGUGCCACACUUCCACGACUCACACCAUGCUUCCCUUCUGAAAGUCUACCUUUCUCCAAUGCAGUCUGGAAGAAAAAUCCAGCUCAAUCUUCCAGCAGCAGGAUUGUUUGGGAGCACAGUCGGGGCCAGUACAGCUGUUUGCAGUGUCCCUACACCAGCGGGUCACGAGAAGAAAUGACAUUGCACACUCAAGGGCACAACAAGACGGUGGUCGCCAGGUUACCCAACGAGGCGGGCAUGUUCCUCAGUCCCACCGACAACUACACUGCUCUGUCAAUGCAGUUCAGUGAAUCUCUGUUAACUUGAGGUUUUUCCAUGGGGCAAUGCCCUGCAGGUUGGCAGAGGUCGUGGGGGAAAGGCAGG